UUUCCACCUGCCUGCCCCCGCCACUUAUAACACACAGCACGUGAAGUUAGAGCCGCUCCGUCUCCUCUCUGCCAGUGGAUUAGUAACAGCAGAGUGUCAUGCUGUGUCUGCUGCUUCCCCCGGUUCAGCAGAGGUAAAAGAGCUCUGGCUAGAGACCUUCCAAGGACGGAGUCAGAGCCUCACAAGAGUGAGACUUAGCCCUGGAUCGGCAGCCCCUACUCCAAUGAAGUUGAUAAGCAGCUUCGAUGCUCCCAAAACACUAAAUGCCAAUAAUAUGGAGACUUUGGUCAAAUGUCAGUCAGAGGGUGACAUCAAGGAACAUCCCCUCUUGGCAUCGUGUGAGAGUAAAGACAGCAUCUGCCAGCUGAUUGAAAUUAGGAAGAGAAAGACAGGGCGGCCCUGGCCCUUUCUCACGAGAAAGCUCUCCCCUUCGUCCGAUUUCUCUGGGGUAUUGGAGCCGGAGUUGAAAGUGCCUCUGUUUGAUCAGCCUUUGUCAACGAUCUGCAGCGAGAGUGGCACACUCCCCAGACCCAUUCAAGACAUCCUCACUAUCCUCUGCCUUAAAGGCCCGUCUACAGAAGGAAUAUUCAGGAAAGCAGCCAGCGAGAAAGCCCGCAAGGAGCUGAAGGAGGAGCUGAACUGCGGGGGCGCAGUGGACCUGGAAGGGCUCCCCGUGCACCUGCUGGCUGUGGUCCUGAAGGACUUCCUCCGGAGCAUCCCCCUCAAGCUGCUCUCCUGUGACCUCUUUGAAGAGUGGAUGGGUGCCCUGGAGAAGCAAGAUGAAGAGGACAGAAUUGAAGCCCUGAAGCAGGUUGUAGGUCAGCUCCCCCAGCCCAACCUCCUGCUGCUGAAACACUUGGUGCCCGUGCUGCAUCUGAUCAGCAAGAACUCCGAGGUCAACAAGAUGGACUCCAGCAACCUCGCCAUCUGCAUUGGACCCAACAUGCUCACCCUAGAGAAUGACCAGAACUUGUCAUUUGAGGCACAGAAAGACUUGAAUAAUAAGGUGAAGACAUUGGUGGAAUUUCUCAUUGACAACUGCUUUGAAAUAUUUGGGGAGAAUAUUUCAGCUCAUUCCAGCACCCGUAUUGCUUCUGAUGACUCUCUCGAGCACACUGACAGUUCAGAUGUGUCAACCCUGCUGAAUGACUCAGCCUAUGACAGCAAUGAUCCAGAUGUUGAACCCACCAGUGCCCACAGCCCCUCCAGCAUGCAGCCUCAGGUACCCACUGCCAUGGCUGCUGGUUUGGACAACAAGGGGGGACAAGUCACCUGUAAGUUAAGCCAGGAACCCAUUGUUAGCACAGUAGCCAGGCUGAAAAGCUCCCUCAGCCAGCGGGCAGACAGGAGAUUCUCAGAACCCAGCAGGCCACCCUCACAGGAGUGCCUUGAGGGCUGGAUGACAAACCAAAAACUGACCAAAAGUGAGGACAACUUCACCCUGGCCAGGGCAGGCUCUUGUUUUGAAAGUGAGGAAGCUGAAGAUCCAUUUCCAGAGGAGGUGUUCUCUGCAGUAGAAGGCAAAACCAAGAGAUCUGUAGACCUGAGGAUCAAGAACCUGACCCAAGGUUUGGCAUCACCUCAGGGAGUGGUACCCAAAGCCCUUUCCAGUGGCUCCCUUGAUGGGUCCUCUGACUGCUCACCUGUGGGUUCUCCUUCCUGUCCCAAAAGAAGUAUCUUCACCAGACAUCAGUCUUUCACCUCAAAGAAUGACAAAAGCAAGCCCAACAGAGAAAUUAAAAAGCAUUCCAUGUCAUUCUCUUUUGCCUCUCACAAAAAUGUACUGCCCAAAGCACCCACCUUUGGAUCUAGGAAAUCAAAGGACCUUACCAGAGACCAGGUCAAGAAGAGUCUGAGGAAAGAAAGCCAGCUAGCUGGUCGAAUUGUCCAGGAAAAUGGGUCUGACCUUCACAGCCAAACAGCUCUAGGCUUUGGCUUUCCAUUCUGGGCCCUCGCAGGUGACGAUGUGUUCCAGAGAGUUGAUGGCACAAGUCUUGGUAGCCCACCACCUUAUGAGGAGGCCAUUCAGUGCCAGGCAUUGGAACUCGGGACCUACGGUGGCCAGACCGUUGGAAGUAUGAGGGCAAGAAUGCUCAGCCAGGACUCCACACAGUCAUCUCUUCUGCCUUCUUACCAUGGAAGGGACUCAAGGAGCAGCUGCAGUAUGGAGACACAUAGUGGACACAGAAGGUCAGCCACGGCUGAGUACUGCAGACAGAGCAGGACUGUCAGUGCAUCUGUGGAAACUCAAGGACAUGUGACUACACCAGGGAAACCUGAACAUCGGCUGAGGACCAUGUCCGAGUCUGUUCAGAAGGAUAAAUGGGACUAUCUCAGACAACGAUGUAGUCAGCCAAUCUUUGAGGCUGACCAACUCCAAUAUAUUAAAGAAUCCUACAUUUAGGAGGGGAUACCACAUACCAUGAUCAGUUGUGGUGUCAUGGUGUGUCUCUGUAUAUACAUGACUGUAUAAAGAUGUGUGUAGGUUAUUAUUUUCAAAAAAAGUCAUGAAUAAGCUCAUUUAAAUCAUCAUGCAGAAUUCUAUUCUGUAAGGCUAGCUACGUGGUGUGCAUCAGAUAGUGUCUGUGCAUACCCGGGUUUGUGCAAUACCUAACAAAUGUAAAAAGUGUAUUAUACACAAGAUGUUACAUGCAAAAGGGUCUACAUGAAUUCCCACAAACCUUUGUUUGUGUAAUUGUGCACUUGUAGUACAUUGCUGUUCUUUGGUCCCUGGGGCGUUUGUCCCAUUGGUUAGUGUUUAAAAUAUCUUUGAUCUUUUUAAUGUUGCUUCAAAUGUCAUGUCAAUUCUCACAUUUUCUACAAAUUCCACUGAAGGGAAACUGUUUAAAUUUCUGGUAGAAGUUUAUCCUUGGGGUGUCCUUGGAGUAACUAUAUAAUGUAGAAGAAGAAAGACUGCAAGCAUUUAGCAUUUGGGGUCAUCAAUGGUAUUAGGAGAAGAAAAAAUGUUAAUAAAAUUAUGAAAAAUAUAUGUGUCCUUUCAAACAUCUGAUUAAAUUGGGAAAUGCAUUACAUCGAUAUGAUUUAAUCAAUGAUAAAUGAUAAUUCAUGUGAUAAAUGAAUUUAGUGUAUUUUGAGUUUCUGUGUAGUUCAAUGGUGUCUUAUGCUAUAGCAUGGAGGUAAAUGAUUUUAUGUACAUUGGGGGUAAUAUAUAAAACUUCAAUGUAAUUUCACUACAAUAAAUUGCCUUCCUUAUUUAAAAGUAAAA